UACGUCACUGCGUUCAAAAGUUAGUUAGAAGCUAACUUUAGCUAAACAUUGAAGUUUUCUGUUGAAAGAAUUUGUUUACGGAAUGUGAUAUUUUAGUUAUAUAUUGGAGCGUAUGUUGCUUAAUUACAGUAGCGCUGAAUUUUUCGUCACGUAUCUGUUUGACAGUUAACUUUUCAGUCACUUCUUGAUAUGGUAAGCUAACGUCAGCUAGCCUUUCAGAUGCCCACAACAAAAACAAGCUCAUUGCAACAACAAUGAUGGAGGCUACUGGAGAAUAAACCCAGAUAAUGUGAUGGAUGAAGGGAGAAGGCUGUCCACCUCAAAUGGAAGCGCUUUUGGAAAAGCUGAGCUCUGGCACAGCACUCCAGUUAAGAAGAAAAAUGUCGCUGUUCCACUGGAUGUUAGCAAAGCAUCUGGAAUAACCAGCUUCAGGAUGGACACCACAGCAAAUCACUGGCCCAGAGGUGCUGCUCUCACCCCUUCAGACACCCUCUGCCCUCCCAGCUUUCAGGAAACUCCGCUUCCUGUGAGUGACCCGAGUGGCUCCACCAUCCAGAGGCAGAGGAGGGAGCUGCAGCUGCUGAUUGCUGAGCUGAAGGACAGAGAGAAGGAGCUGAACGUCAUGGCUGCCUCCCAUCAUAAGCAGCAUCGCGCCUGGGAACAGGACCGCCAGAGGGUGCUGAGCCUGGAGCAGAGAUGUGCCCGUUUGGAUGAGGAGCUGCAGAAGCGGAACGAGGUGAUCAGAGUCCUGUCUAAACGUGUGUGGCUUGUGGAAACCAGGGAGAAGGAUGUCCAGGAGGAGCUGAGCACAGCCCAGCAGCAGCUCUGUGAGCUUCAGAAGAAACAGCAGCACAUCAGUGAAAGAUGUCAAGAUUUUGAGGAGAAGAACCAGAGUCUGAGCUCCACAGUCAUGGCUUUGUCCACUCAGGUCGGCUCUCUGCAGGUCAGAGAGGAAGAGCUGAGCUCCAUGCUCAAACUGAAGGACAAAGAUGUGACUGAGGCCUCCAAUCAUGUGCUGAACCUCUCAGGGCGCCUUCGAGAGCAGGACGCAGCACUAACGGAGAGCCGCUCACGGGAAAGCAUGCUCCUGAGAGAGCUGGAGGAAAACAAACACCGCUGCAGAGAAGCUACACACCAGGUCGCACAGCUUAAAGAGGAGCUGCAGCUACAGGUAACACAGAGCAGCACCCAGAGAGAAGAGAUCAUCCGUCUGAAGCAGGAGCUGCAGCUUCUCCACAGAGAUCUGGUCCUGACAGGAGAGGGCGACAGCUGGAAAGACGAACUGCUGGAACUGGCUCGCUCCAAACAGGAACGCAUCAUGUCUGAGCUGCGCUGCCUCCAACAGGUGUGUGACAAUCAACAGAAUGACCUACAGCUGCUGCGACUGAACCAGGAAAGUGCCCAUGAAAGCCUGAGGGAGAAAACCAGCCUGGGAUUGUUUGGCAGCCAGGAUGAGUUAACAUGUCACUGCAUAGACCGUCGCUCAUCUUCAUCACUCAGGAGGAAGAACUUAAGACCAGUACAUGAUACUUCCACUCCACCAGCAGCUGAUCUGCAGGCCUCAGCCAACAGUGAACUGGGAGUCUUCUCUGCACAUUUGACAGAUGGGGAUGUCCGUCUGUCCAGCUGUUCUCUGCAGCAGCUGUUGGAUGAGUCCAGGUUGGUCACAGCCGGCUCAGAGAACAGCAGCUUGAGACGCCGCAGCUCUUUAAAGAACAGCAGCCCUGCUAUGAACUGUGGGACCACUGAACCUCUUUAUUUCCAUGAGCGUCUGACACCUCAACAACACCCAAGUACCUCGAUACUCCAGCAGACUGAUGAAGCUCCACCCAAAGCUUGCCCUCCACAUGGAGCCCACCAGCCAGCCACAUGGACUUCUUGAUGUUAACUGAAGAAUCAAUGUUUUUCCAGAAGAAACUUCAGUAUUCACCAAAGUGCUGAAAUAUUAAGCACAGACUCAAAAAUCAGUGUUACUACUUUCAACGGCUGCUCACACCGAAGCUCAAAGUGUACCAUCUCUCCAGGAAAAGAUGAAAUGAUAAAAAUACGCACUGUUAAAUGUUUUUAUACCUUUAAUAUUGUUUUAUAUGUGCUACUUUAAUUUCAUAAAAAAUCUGCCAUUGAUUACCACACUUAAACUAUGUAUUUUUUAAAUCUUGAUGAAGGUUUUAAAGGCUGUAUUGUGUACUGGGUGAGAUGUGAAACCAGUCCUACAGGGCUGUUGAGUCCUGGGUCCCUGUUUUGUCUUUCCAGUUUCACUGCUUGCAGAUCUGCCUGGUGACUCAGGAAAUGUCUAUAGCUGUGAAUACUUUUUACAACGUGUAACUUGGAUAUCGUGUCACUACUUUUUGAUAAAAUAUUUAUAUGAAAGCUA